CACUCAAGCGACGAGGGCAAUCCUUCGCAAAAAGCAGAGAGCAGCAAGCAGAGCAGCAGAGUAUAGGGGGCAGCGAGGGAUCCUGCCUUCCCGCCUUCUUCCCUCACUGCAGAUCUCUAAGUUCAGGCUCCCUUUCAGGCCCGCAGCAGCCUUGCCUGCCUGGAAGAAAGGCGGCUCCGAGGGCUGAUCGGCUGGUCCAUGAGCGCAGGGCAAGCGGGGUGGUAUAGCCUCCCUCCCGUUGCUCUCCUCUUCCCCUGCAGCCUCAGCGGCAGGCACGAGGGGCAGGGGCCGGGCGCCUGCUGCCCGCCCGCGCCCAUCCCCACCCCCCGCUCAGAUCUCUUGGCGACGGCAGCCACUCCGGGAAGCUGCGGAGGGAGGGGCCAGCUGGAGCCCGGGGCGAAUUUAUAGCAGGCGGCAGGGCAGCUUUGCGCCGAACGUUGGAAGCCCUGCCGGCUGGGCGCUGCUGGGGGCAGCCACGCCAGUCUCCUUGUUUGUACUGCCCCCGCUCCGGUGCCUGCAUUCCUGGCUUGGCGAUGAGGAUGAGGAGGAGUCUCAGCUCGGAGCAGGGAAAGCUCCCUUCCAGGAGGAGGACGAGGACAUAAUCGGGAUCGAGAGAGGGAGCUUUCCUUGGAGGUUUGGCACGGCGGGAUCCAGGGGCACUCAUUUUGAACAGAAAGAGAUGUUUACUGCACUGUCCCGCCAGUCUUGCGAACAAACAGGCUUCCGAGUUCUGUACAAAAUGUCAGCCGUUAUCACUUUCGUGUUUCUGCUUUUAAGCAUAGCAGUCAUCGUUACUAUUACUCUCAUCCAGGUGAAUCAGAAAGCAGUCCUUCCACCAGGUCUGAAGUAUGGAAUAGUGCUUGAUGCUGGAUCAUCUCGGACCACAGUCUAUGUAUAUGAAUGGCCAGCAGAAAAAGAAAACAACACAGGAGUAGUAAAUCAGACCUUCAAGUGCAAGGUGAAAGGUCCUGGGAUAUCCAGUUAUGGGAGUAACCCUCAAGAAAUUGCUACGCCCAUCAAUGAUUGUAUGAAUAAAAUCAAGGAGAACAUUCCACAUCAUUUACAUAGGAGUACACCUGUUUACCUGGGAGCCACAGCUGGCAUGAGGCUUCUGAGGUUGCAAAAUGAAACAGCAGCCAAUGAAGUCCUUGAGAGCGUUAAAAACUACUUCACAUCCCAGCCCUUUGAAUUUAGGGGUGCUCAAAUCAUAACUGGGCAAGAGGAAGGGGUGUAUGGAUGGAUUACAGCCAACUAUUUAAUGGGCAAUUUCUUGAAGAAAAACCCCUGGAAUGCCUGGAUCCAUCCCCAUGGAGCAGAGACUACAGGUGCGCUUGAUUUAGGAGGGGCCUCCACCCAAAUCUCAUUCAUCCCUGAGGAAACCACACACAAUUCUAACAGCACACUACCGGUGCAGCUCUAUGGUUAUGAAUACAGCGUGUACACCCACAGCUACCAGUGCUAUGGGAGAGAUGAAGCAGAGAAAAAACUGCUAGCAUCAAUACUAAAGCAUUCAGCUGAUAACUCCAGGAUCAAUAAUCCAUGCUAUCCUCAGCAUUAUGAAACUGUUUUCACAAUGAAAUAUUUAUAUGGAAGCCUCUGCACAGAGUUUCUAAGACCUGAGAAAUACAAUGCAAGCCAGACUGUACAUGUGAGGGGAACUGGGGAUCCAGCUCGCUGCAGGGAGGCAGUGUAUGGAUUAUUUGAUUUCAGAGCCUGCUUAAACAGGGAAGAUUGUUCAUUUAAUGGAGUAUACCAGCCAAGGGUUAAAGGGAAGUUUGUGGCCUUUUCGGGAUUUUACUACACAAGCAAUGCUUUGAAUUUAACUGAAGAAUUUUCAUUAGCUGAUUUUAAUUCAACUAUGUGGUCUUUCUGCAAACAGAACUGGAGCGAGCUUCCAUUUCUGCUACCUAAAUUUGAUGAAACAUAUGCAAGAUCAUACUGCUUUUCAGCAAACUACAUCUAUUACCUGCUUGUGCAUGGAUAUGGGUUCAAUACAGAGACUUGGUCUCAGAUACACUUUCAGAAGGAGGUUGGUAACAGCAGCAUAGCCUGGUCCCUGGGUUACAUGCUCACCCUCACCAAUAUGAUUCCAGCAGAGAGCGAUCAGAUCUGGUUACCUUUGACUCCCUCUCUGUUUGCCGGACUUCUUCUCUUCUUCACAGCAGUGGCAUUAUUGUGUCUGAUCUUCCUUGUGUAUUUUUGUGUUGUGUCACGCAUGCGAAAGAACUCCUGUCAUGUUGAACAUGUAUUUGCGGCAGAAUAAAUAAGCUCCUAACGAAAA